AUGAAAAAUUCACAGAAAUGUUUAAACUUUCAGAAUGAAGUUUAUAAUAACUUAGAAAUAACUUCAUCAUAAGUUUUGAGAGGGAAAUUAAAUGAAAAGGAUGAAUAGGUCAAUUAUUUUGAAAUACAUUUAGAUAAAUGAUUUGUAAAGUUCUUGUACAUAAUCGUUUAAGAUUCAAGAGUUUAAUCUAUAAUUACUAAUAGACAAAUCAUAAGAGAAAUUGUAGCAAUAGGAAUAAUUAUAAGGGCAUUCUCCAACUUGUCGAAAAAGAUCAAGUUCAUUUGAAGAGUUAUAAUAGAAAUUAAAUGAUUAUAUUGAACAAUACAUUUAAGAGAUUAAAGAGCCACAACAUUUUUUAGACACUUAUUCGUUAUAGAACUCUGAAAUAUGUGAUGAUGAAUUUUCAACACAAUCCAUCGAUUUAUGCUAAAGAAUAUACUAAGUAAAAAUAUGUUGAUUUAAUUUUAGAGAAUAAUAGCUUAACUGAAUCUAUCAGUAAUAUAAUCUAAUUCUUUUGAUCAGUCUACCAUUAUUUCUUCACCUAAAAAUAAUGAUUCCAUUUAAAUAAUGAAUUAUAUGACUACUUCUACUCCUCUAACUCCAGUUUAAUUGGAGGAUUUUCCAAAAAAAAAUAUAUCAAAUUCAGCAAGUUAAGAUAAAAUAGGAUUUAAAAAUAGUUCGUAAUCUAUGAAGUCUUGA